AUGGAGACCCAGCCCACUAUUCCAGACCCAACAAGUUGGCACUUCCAGGGGACCUGGUGUAGCCCUAAAUGGCCAAAAGUACAUCUGAAUCCAGUCCCUGGGCUUGUUCUUCCCAAGGCUGAGGACCAGGAUCUAGAGAGACACUGUGCGGUCCUUCCUCCUUGUCCCAGCUCUUACCCUUGGCCACCUAAAGUGUUCCAGAGAUCUGGGGGGUGUCUUCAGAGAGGCUGGCUUUGUUCCAAGUACCCUUCAGGAAUGAAUCACACGGAGCAUAGGCGUAGUGCCGAUCCUUUGGUCACCAAGUUCUGA